CUUGUAUAAAGCGAUUGCUUAAGGCAGGUGGGAAUUGAACCCACGGCCUGUCACUCGCAGGCGCAGGGCUACUGUUGGGAACUUGGGACCACUGGUAUACGGAGACAUUUAAUUCCCAUCUGAGGCAGUCUAUUUUUUCAAGUUUUAUUUUCUUGUUACUUUAAUCGCAAAGCCUGUCUAGGGUUAAGUGGAAGCAUUUCUCAAUAACUUAGAGCCAACUUCCUCAACAUGAUUAUAAAUACAAGUAAACAAACAGACAGCUGCCUCUUUACAAAGGCGCAUUUGGAGAUGAUUCACAAAAAUGUACACGUAUUUAAAGUUUAUUGUGGGGGUCACACACAUUCUGCUAGUAAAUUCAACUAAAUCGGCAACUCUUCAUGAGACAUGGAACCAUCAGAAUUAUCGUGUGAAACGGCAGGAAGGCUACUUCUACGACCGGCCGAGUGUUUCCUUUGACCUACCCACGCAAUCCACGACAGCAGCGGCCCAAACCCCUGUGAUAGAGAGAACUCAAACCCCUGCAGUUGACAGGACACAAUCUCAGUACAUGUUUUACGCGUAUCCAGCACCCUCUAGCGGGGAUACCGUAAACAUAGGUUACUCUACAACUGGGAGCAGUACAGCUACCACUUCCCCUGGUUACACAGCAGGAACGACGGCAGGAGGUGGUGGUGGUGGUGGAGCUGGAGGAUACAAUUAUGGAACCCAGAGUUCUGAAACUUCAAAUGCUGCUGCAGGAGGUGGUGGUCAAAACUCAGGAGCUGGAGGAUACAACUAUGGAACCCAGAGUUCUGGGACUUCAAAUGCUGCUGUAGGAGGUGGUAUAACUCAAAGUUCAGGAAGUGGAGGAUACAAUUAUGGAACACAGAGUUCUGGAACCUCAAAUACUGCUGCAGGAGGUGGUGCAAGUCAAGGCUCAGGAGCUGGAGGAUACAACUAUGGAUCCCAGAGUUCUGUAACUUCAAAUGCUGCUGCAGGAGGUGGAGUAGGUCAAAACUCAGGAGCUGGUGGAUACAACUAUGGAACACAGAGUUCUGGAACCUCAAAUACUGCUGCAGGAGGUGGUGCAAGUCAAAGCUCAGGAGCUGGAGGAUACAAUUAUGGAACCCAGAGUUCUGGAGCUACAAAUGCUGCCGCAGGAGGUGGAGUAGGUCAAAACUCAGGAGCUGGAGGAUACAACUAUGGAACACAGAGUUCUGGGACUUCAAAUGCUGCUACAGGAGGUGGUGGUCAAAGCUCAGGAGCUGGAGGAUAUAAUUAUGGAACCCAGAGCUCUGGGUCUUCAAAUGCUGCUGCAGGAGGUGGAGUAGGUCAAAACUCAGGAGCUGGAGGAUACAAUUAUGGAACACCGAGUUCUGGAACCUCAAAUACUGCUGCUGGAGGUGGUGCAAGUCAAAGCGCAGGAGCUGGAGGAUACAAUUAUGGAACUCAGAAUUCUGGAACAGCAUCUACGCAGAACGCGCCCACUGGAUCUGGUGUAUCUGGUUAUAAUUACAACACACCGAGUCCAAAUUCUGGAGCUAAUCAAAGUCCAACUACCGCCUUCACGAAUUCUCCACAAUAUUUGCCACCAGUAUCGACCGGCGUCAACACAGGUGUUACUGUCAAUAUUCCAUCCGGAACUGUAACAACCAGCUCAGAUUCGGGCUCUGUAAAAACUAUUACAACAGGAGCAGAAACAGGAAUUCCUGGUGGAGGGUAUUUACCUCCAGUUAUAUCUCCUUCAAUUUCUCCGAGUCCUCAGCCCGGAACGGUACCUGGUCCAGCUCAGUCUCAACCAGUAUCUAGUGCUCCCGCUGAGUAUUUACCACCAGUUGUAUCGACACCCGGUUCACCUGCUCAGAACACCGUAUCAACACCAGCGUCAACUUAUUUACCACCUGUAUUCUAAAUAAUGAAAUAUUAUUUAUUAAUAAAGGUUUGGUUUGUAAAUUUGUACUUAAAUUAAGGUGUCGAUCUAGCUUUAAUCUUUGCUGUGUGACCCAGUGAUCGCGGUCUCCAGUGACCGGGACAUUCAAAUUACGUACAAAAAAGUUACCGUUUGUUUUCCUUUGUGAUAUUGAUUUUUAAUAAUAAAAUAAAUAAAAUUAAUAUACCGAACGGAUUGUUGCCUCGUUCGGUUUCGGUUCAUAAACAUGGCACCUGCUAAUUUUAUUAUCUGUAUGUCUAAACAAAACGCUGCUGUCAACUGUCAAAGUCAGUCAGUGUUCUGUCAAAAAAUCUAACCAAACGUAAACGUCAUACAAAAAUAGCAUCAAGAUGAAAGUUAUUUUUAAUAUUCUUUUUUAAAAUAAUAAUAUUUCCUACUAUAUUCAGCAAUAAAAUGAAUUUACAAAACAAAUUUAAAGUAUUACUUUUUGAAGUAUUUUGCACAGUGUAACCAGUGGCUAUAUUUAGAACGAAGUUUACAUAAAUUAUGAUUUUAUUAAAGCAAACACUAAAAUUCUCUAUAAAAGGAAACGACACAAUUUUCAGGACUGUACAAGUGUGGGUUGAUGGAGCUGAGGAUGGUACACCUCGAGAUGCCCGAUGUCCAGCUGUGCACCAAUACUCUUUCUAUAAAUGACCUGCCAAACGAGAUACUAAUUUAUAUAUUCUCAAUGAUAGACUUUGAGUCUGUUUUAGCAGUAGCAAAAGUCUGUAUGCGAUGGCAACAACUGUGCCUGACUCCCUGUGUCUGGGACAAUACUCGCCUCAUAGUCUGCAUGAAAAACUAUGUGAGAAUAAGUGAAAGCAUUGUUCCAUUUGUUGCAAAGUAUGUAAAAAAUGUCAAGUUGCAAUAUUUCAAACUUUAUCCCCAGGUGAGGGCUUCACUGAUAAGUUAUUGCCCUAAUUUGACUCACUUAGAAAUAAGUAUUUCUCAAGUUGAUAGUUGUAUUUUUGAUGAUUUGGGUCACUGGCCUAAUUUAAAAUUCUUAAGUUUUCGCAACUCUCUAAUAAUACAAAACCCAGAAAAUGCUAAUGGGAAUUUUGUUUACCACUUACCAUUUGAAAAAUUAAAGUGCCUUGAAACUUUAAUCUUAUCUAAUUUUGCAUUGACACAGAACAGUUUAUACAGCAUGCUGCAGUGUCCCAAUUUAGUCAGUAUUAACAUUGAAAAAAUGAAGAAUAUACCUGCAGAUUUUCUGGAAUCUUUACUCACUACUAAACAGAGCACAUUGAGAUCAUUACACAUUUACGGGGAUACAUUGAAUGAUGAUAUCAUCCGUUACAUAUCAAGCUGCAGGGUACUGCAGGUUCUGCACAUCAUGACAUGCAAAACAUUGUUUGAUUCUAGUUUGCUUCACUUGUACCGACUAAAGAAUUUACAUUCAUUAAAAUUGCGUCAUUCAUUUUUUUCCACAAGUGCUUUACUUGCAUAUUUUUCUAACAACACAUUCUUGAAUCUGACCUACCUGAGUCUGUCAAGAUGUCACCAUGUCACUAUGCAAGUAGCUAAGGCAAUCAAAACUAGUGCACCCAAUUUAAAAGAGCUCUCAUUCUAUCUUUGUCCAUUUAUAAUUGCCCCCAAUUUUAACCGGUCAGAGCUAGAAAAAAUGUUUGAUAUACAGUUAUUGCUUGAUUGAAUGCAAAUUGAAUCAUAAUAGAGUGUUUAGUGACUAAAGCAGUUUAGAUCUCCGUCCACCUUUAUACAAUAUAAUAUAAAUAGCAUUAUCUAAUAUUAAUUAAACAUUUUUCAUUUUAAUAUGAAAAAGAAAAAUUGUUUGACAAAUUGGUAUUUUUCAUAAAAAAUCAUAAAGUGCAAUUUUUAUUAUAAUAGGUAUAAAUUAAUGUUGGAUUUUAUUAAUGAAAACUUAGAUAUAAUAAAUGAUGAUUUUAUGUCUUAUAAUUUUUAGUUGUAGGUUGUGUUGUGCUGGAUGUGUCAACUAAUUCUCGUAAUUUUAAUUUGAUUGAUUUUGCAAACAAUCAGUAUUUUUAAAACAGGUCAAAUGCAAGUCAUACUUGCUCUUCCUCUACUUAAAGAUUUAAGUUUCAUGAUAUACCUAAUAUCAUGAUGACACUCUUGUGCACUUAUGAAAUUAAAGUUGUUGAUUUCUACAUUAGUUUAUCCAUAGAAUUCUAGAUAGGUGUUCCAUAUAAUUUGAGGGACUGUGUACCUUCUUGUGACAAUAUUUCUUUGGUAUUAUUAUUAAUUUAUUAUGCUUAAAUCUUAAAAGUAUUACAAUUGUAUGUUUAAUGGUAGAUUAUCUUUUGUCUUGUAUUUAUUUUAUUGGUGUUUUAUAAAAGAAAAGUAUAUUGAUAUCAGUGGAUUACCACCUCUGAUAAUGUUGUCUACAAUCUACAAUAUUGUCAAUAAUUGAAAUUAAUGUGCCUUAUCAAUAGUUACAAUAUAAUGUCUUGUUGAUUUAUGAAAACACUAUUUU